AUGGCGGGCUCGGGGCGGCUGCACGACCUGGACCUCAGCGCCGAGGAGGCGGAGCGGCUCCAGCGCGCCUUCCGCGACGAGCGGUUCCGCGAGCUCUUCGCAGAGUACGCGGCCGAGCUGACCGACCCCGAGCAGCGCCGGCUGUACGAGGAGGAGGUGGCGGCGCUGGAGCGGGAGCGCGGCGUGGAGGUGCGCUUCGUGCACCCGACACCGGGCUUCGUGCUGCGGACGAGCCAGGAGGGCUCCCGCCGCUGCUACAUCAAUGUCUGCAGCAACGCGCUGAUGGGGGAGCCGCGGGCCCGCGCCGAGCGCGGCGGGCAGCGCUGGGAGCUGCCCUACAGCCUGGCCCCGGGCCGCGAGGAGCUGCGCCCCGCCGGCCGCCGCCGCCUCCUGUACGACGUGGUGUUCCACCCCGCCGCGCUGCGCCUGGCCGCCCGCAGCGCCCGCUUCCGCCGCCUGCUCUGCGACACGGCGCUGGAGGCCGUGGAGAACAACUGCGGGGUGCGGCUGGACCGCAGCAACGCCACCGUCCUGCGAGGAGUCUCCUACAAGGGCGUCCCGCAGGCGCCCGUCAUCCGCUCCCCGCUACCCGGCGGCGCUCCAAAGCCGCCCGACGACGGCGAGUCCCCGCUGCCGCCCUUCCCCUUCCCGCCCGCCGCCGCCGCCUCCCCGAAGCCGCCGGCCGCCGGAGCCUCCUCGCCCGCCGCGCCCCCGCCGCCCUCCGGCCCCACCACGCCGCGCUGGAGCAUCCGCCACCGCUCCUACGUGGACCUGCAGGACUACCGGCACUGCCGCGACUCGGCGCCCAGCCCGGUGCCGCGGGAGCUGGUGGUGACGGUGGAGCUGCCGCUGCUGCGCUCCGCCGAGCAGGCGGAGCUGGAGAUCCGCGGGCGGGAGCUGCGGCUGGACUCGCAGCGUCCCGCCUACCGCCUGCGGCUCCGCCUUCCCUACGACGUGGACGAGAGCGGCGGGCGGGCGGCCUUCAACCGGGCCCAGCGGCAGCUGCAGGUCACGCUGCCCGUGGUGCUGCCGCGGGAACCGGCGGCCCCGGGCGGGGAGCGGCUGGAGGGGGCCGAGCCCGCUGCCGAGGGGCCGGCGGAGGCUGGGCCGGCAGAGGCGGGCGGCGGAGCGGCUCCUCCCCCGGAACUCGGCCCUGGCGGCGCGGCCCGGAGCACGUGUGAUCCACUGGCCGAACCCCCCGGUGACCCACGGUGUGAUCUUCCCGCUGGUCCAUCUGCCGAGCCUCUCGCUGAUCCGCCCGUAGAACCACUCUGUGAUCCACCCGCUGAUCCCCUCACUGAACCCUCGUGUGAACCCCCCGUUGACCCAACCUCUGAACCCUUUGCUGACUCCCCUGCUGAACCCCCCGCUGAAGCUGCCACUGGUCCAACCACUGAUCCCCCCUCCGAACCCCUCACCGAACCCGCCGCUGAUCCACCCGCAGAACCCCCCGAGCCCCCGGCCCCGCCACUGCCCUGCUCCGCUGCCGCUUCCCCCAUCGCCAUCCCCGAGCCAGCCAUGCCCACCGGCGACACCUCUCCGCUGGCCUCCGAGGGCCACCCCAGCCACAUGGCCACGUUGCCUCCCUUCCGUGCCCGGCAGGACGAGGCGUCCCUCACCCUGCUCUUGCCGGUGCCCGGCAUCCAUCCCCAGAGCUUCCAUGGGGAUGUGGGCACCCAGCACUACAGCCUCCGCUUCUGCACCGACACCGCCGCCUUCGCGCUGUUCCUGCGGCUCCCUGCGGCGGCCACGCUGCUGUCCCCCGAGAGCAGCAUCAGCGUCUCUGCCCACAACGCCGUGGUGCGGCUCGCCAAGGCCCCCGGCAGCACCGGGCUCUGGGACAAGUUCAGCUUCGGCCCCGAGCCCUCGGCUCUGCAGGAAAGAUUGUUUGUCAGUGAGGAGAACGUUGAUGGAUUUCUAGGCACUGCUUCCUGCCCUUCCCCUUGCUCCCAAUCAGCACUGGAAAGCCAGCCAUUAAUUGAAGUGCUGGAUGUUACUGAGGACAGAAUUCAAAUCAGGGUGGAGCCACAGGAACGUGAUGGAGAAGGAACACUUGGCAGCUCAGGAGGAGCCCUUGCUGGAAAGUCCGACAGCAACUACCCCGAAACAAAGGCAGAAACAAAGUGUCCUGCAGCUGAGGGAGGUGCUGCGGGAUCCAGCCCUGCUCCCACAGCUGGAAGAAUCGGAAAAGCAGGCUGUGGUUCACACCAUUGUUUGCAGCAUGAACCUCCUGCCACCAGUUCAGCGAUUCCUGGCGGAUCUGGGAGAAAGGAGCCCGAUUUAGAAAGUGCUGCAGCAGCAGGAGACGCGGCGCCAGGCUCUGGAGGAGAAGGAGAAGCGGCAGGCUCCCCGGUGCUGCGGGAGGUGAACCCCGAGGACGGCAGCGUGCGGAUCCUCCGCGAUCACCGAACGCGCUGCCCCGUCCUGUUGCACAGCUCUCUGCUCUACGAGCUGGAUUAGUUUCAUUGUUUUACCAUUUCCUUCUGUUGUUUGAUGCUCGCUCUGGCUUCCAUGUGCUGGU